AUGCCACCAUCCGCAGAGCCCAUCCUUCACCUAGCAGAUCCUGCCGUGUUCGCUAAGCGUGCGUCUGCGAGGUAUGAGUUGCGCGGGCAGGCCUGGGCUUAUCUUGAGUCUCCCAUUCACUGUAUGUUGAACCUCCUUUUCUCCAACGAGUCAAGAUCGUGGGGAAUCUGCUACGACGCCACCGAAGAGGAACAACUGCAAGCCGAGGGAAGGGGCGAGGAACCGCUAUCUGAGGUAUCCAUGUCCAACCCAGUGGCCAUAGUCUCUCUCAUCGAUGACAACGUGUUGGAGGGAAGAAAGGAAGGUGUCAGGGUUGAGAUCCAGCGCACAGACGUUUCCGUCCGGAUUUAUGUCGACGGAACAUUGCUGAAAUAUGGCGACAAAUGUGCGCUCUUGCCUGACGCGACCGUACGCGUAAACUAUGUCGACUACGUCUAUCGAUCCUUAUGGGAUAUCACGAGCACCCCAUACUCUGCUGGUCAUUAUCGGUUGGACCCGAAACCGAUUCUGGACGUAGGUCGAACGGCCAUCUACGUCGCGAAGCACAUCCAAACAAAUCAUGCCGUAGUCGUCAAGACAAUAUCGGUUCCAGUUGAGGAGCUGAGCAAAGCCGCGUCUAUGAUCAGAAUGUGCGAUGAGCUUAUCCACGAGAAUAUCGUGCGUCCGUGCGAUUGGUAUAUGUGCCCCGAAGAUCUCGGCGCACCCGUUCGGCGAAUCAGCAUUGUGACGCCUCUUGCUCCGCGAGGCAACCUCUACGAUUUCACCAUCGCACGGGGCAAUCUAUGCGAACCAGUCGCUCGUUCCGUCAUGGCGCAACUCGUGGAUGGAUUACUGUACAUGCAUGGACGAGACAUCCUGCACGGCAAUGUCAGGCCAGAGAACAUUCUUGUAUAUCAAGAGAGCGAAAGCGGUAUUCCGACCAUCAAGCUCAGUGGCUUUAGUUUUGCGCGACGAUCUGAUGACUAUGAGUCGGAUGUCGAGGCCAGUGACUGUGUUAAGGCCCUUUGUGACUCGGAUGUCGAGGCGAGUGACCAUAUUUUCUUUAUCAUGAGUAUUCUUCGGGGCUCAAUGCAAAACAUGCAGGGCAUGACUAUCAGUGUCGAAUGGAGCCCACCCGAACUGUUGCAGUGUCAAUAUAGUGAACUGAGCGAGGCCUUCAGCGUGGGUGCCGUCAUGUUCUUCAUAUUGCGGGGAAAGCCACUCUACUAUGUCGAUGACAAAAAGCGACAAACGAGUCCUCAGCGACAGAUAGAAGAGCGGCGCUCGAAUCACACUAUGGAUGGGGAGUCGACGAUGAGCAUCGACGCACACCUAAUUAUCAAGUGUAUGACAAGAAUGGCCCCGAGCGGGCGGCUAUCCUUGGGUGGAGCCCGUUACCACCAGUGGCUGCGCCAAGUGCAGGUUCCACCUCCAUGCUCGGAACCCUACGACUACGAUGAUCCUGUUGUGCAAGCGUUCAUUAACGAAGACAGGAGACCAGCGAACCUUACCAAUGUUAUGGGUACCUGUCUGGAUUCCACCGAACAUCCGACUUACGACCAGGAUAUUCUGCCCUAUGCGAGCCCCGAAGGAUCGCCAUCUCUGGAUGAGCGGCCCUGGACCCCUGAGAACUCGCUAGUCUAUGCGUACAUUGACGACUGGGGAAUUAAUAGCAACGACAGUAAUGACUGGGAAACCUCACCUGCCGCAGCCAUUCACGCCGUCCCUACUUCCAAAGAUCCUGUGGACAGGGCAUCGUUCCAUCCUUCCGGGAUCUCCGAUAUCGACACAGAUACCGACGCUUGUACUGUCGACGCGAACACUGUUUGCGAGUACGAUGGCUUUCUGAACGCUGAGCUGGAUCUUUGCCCUUCGGAACAACGCACCAAUAGCGAAACAACCAUGCCAUCCAAUCCGUGGUCCCGCGCCAACCGUAGGCGUGCUCGCAGCUUCUUUGGCGCCGUUCACGAUGUGGUCAUCGCCAGCACCGGCCCAUCCGCGCUUGAUAGGCCGCGCGGGGAAGGCAAGGUCAAACUGGCCAGAUCCGAUUCAACCAGCCCGAAGGAAGCUCGAAUGGAUGUCAUGAACAAUAUCGACCGCGGCGUGCUAAUCGACACGGGCGCGGUUAAUUCGGAGGCGAAGACAGGCGUUGACGAUUUGCUGGAGGCCGUUGCGGGGUUGGAGGUUAAACAGGGGACGUAG